AAACUAAAAAACUAAAAAACAACAACAAAUAAGGAUAACACACUUGUUUGGGAUAACUUAGAGUUUUUUAAGCUGAUUUUGUUUAAUUAUUUUAUUUAAAGAAAUGGCAUUAGUUAAUUAUAGUUCUUCUUCUGACGAUGAAAUUGAAAAUGAUGACCAACCUCCGGAACCAAAAAUUAUGAAAAUUAACACCGAGAAAAAACUCCCUUUGCCUUCAGCUAUUAGUAGUAUGAACAAAUUAAUUAACACAACUCCAGUAGAUGAUCCUUCAAAACAUGGCGGAAGACUCCGAUCAUUUGAACACGAACGAGGCAACUGGGCAACUCUCGUCUUUAUACCAGUUGAAUUAGAUAUUAUGAAUGAACUUCAAGCGAUGAUACAAAAUUUCUUUAAAACUACAAUUAAACUACAGAAAUCUGAAAACAUUCAUUUGAGUCUUACGAAAACUGUAAUUCUACGGCAUCAUUGGAUACAAUUAUUUGUGAAAUCUAUUCAUGAAACCUUAGCAUCGUCCGAAAAUUUUUUUCUCGAUUUUCAGUCACUUAACGUCUACGUAAAUGAAGAUAAGACAAGAACCUUUAUUGGUCUUACAGUCGGUGACAUUUAUUUUGAUAAAUUACACAAACUUAUGCUCAAAAUGGAUAACUUAAUGAAUGAAUUCCAUUUAAAUACGUUCUAUAAGAAUCCAUCAUUUCAUGCAAGUAUAUUGUGGUGCUUGGGAAAUAAAGAGAGUUUAAUCAAAGACAAAUUACCUCAACUGAAUGCAAGCCUUUGUCAAAUGAGAAGCACAAGUUUGGAUGACUUCCAUAUAAGAGUAAAUCAAAUUCAAUGUAAAACAGGAAACAAAAGCUACAAUUUUGAGCUGAAAUAAAAUAAAAUGGAAAAAGAAAACAAUAAUGAUCCAUCUCGAGUAGCUUGAAAUGACAUCGAAGCAUCUCUUAAUUUUGUUUUAAUUGAAAAUAAAUAAAAAUUGUUUUAUAGUUAAUAUUUGAAAACUUAUAAAAUAAAAUUAGGAAAGCUACUCAAUAAAAUUUGUACCAAAGUUGA